AUGUCCCCACGACAGUCGCCAGCAGAAUUGGGGGGAGCAGCAGUCCAAUGGCUCUGUUCGCGACGAGGGCGAACGGUGCUCCUCUCCAUUGUUGUCCUCACGUUCAUACUAGGCUUAGCAGGCGUACGACACUCUGAAGCCAUCACGGAUCGCUACCACGCCCUCUCCGCGCAACAAUGGCGACCGUACCUCCCCAGCGCACCGAAGGUCACGAAGAUACCUUUCAAAGCUCCUUCCAAUACGACGCUGCAGCUCGAGAAUGGCGAGAUCGAUCAUCUACCACCCAAGCUUGAGAAGACAACACCGAACUUUCACCUGCUUAUUAGCUCGGAGAAAGACUCGGACGCAUUCUGCAAGUCGACGCUGUCAGCGAUGCUACUCAACUAUCCGCCGCCGACUGGUGUCAGCCUCGGUCAGACCUUCUUCGCAGCAGGCCGCAAGGAGAGACAGAUACUGUACGGGAUUCGCGAAUAUCUCCACAACGAAAAGCUAGUGCACGAUGAGGAUUUGUUGUUGUUCGUGGACGGUCAAGACACCUGGUUCCAGCUGCCGAGCGACGUUAUUAUCAAGCAGUAUGAGGCGAUCGUGGAGUACGCCAACGCAAGGCUGCUCAAGACGUACGGUGUCGACGAGAACAAGCGCCAGAAGUUCAAUCAAACGAUUGUGUUUGGGGCUCAAAAGGUAUGCGAUGCAGGUACUGCAGCUUGCAACUCUGCCCCGGAGUCAAUACUGCCUCACGAUACCUACGGUGCGAGCGCACAGACUACCAGCGAGGAAGAUCUACCUGCAAAGUUCCUCAAUUCAAGGGCUGUCAUGGGCCCCGCGAAGGACCUUAGACUUUUCUUCGACGCAGCGCUGAAACGAUUCGGGGAAGACAUUAGCGAGAAACAGACCAUGCAGUCGGUACUGGCCGCUAUGUUCGGCGAACAGCAGUUGAGACGCGAUGCCGCAUUGACAGAGAGCAAGUCUACAGCAGCGAAGCUACGAGGAUGGGUGGGGAAGGCAGUGGAUGACCAUGUGGCAGCUGAGCAGCGUCUGCAAGCAGCUAAUGCUACGAUUCGCGCUGAGAAGCAGUUCGAGUAUUCUGUUGGUCUUGAUUACACGCACACGCUCUUUCAACCACUACUUCAUACGCAUCUAGAUGAGAUCACGCCACUGAAGCACGACAAUUCGACCGACUUAGCCAGAUAUCGCCAUCCAGGAACCGUCACGCCGCACCUGUCUCUUCCGCCCACACUCCUUUCCAGCAAGCUUCCCUUCUGGAGUCCCAAUCUUUAUUUGCACAACCCUUCCCCCGAGACCAACAAGCCCGCCUUCAUCGACAAACUUGAUUUCGACUUUGAUCUCGACCGCCUUCCCGACCGCCAUGCACCCUGGUCCGACCUGCCACUCGUUCAGAACACGUACACCGGCGCAAUUCCCGCGCUACUACUCCGAGUCCCCGAGUCUGCUCAAAAACAAAAGUCUUCCGGCAUCUCAAGCGCGCAGAUCUCUUUCAAAGACCUGUGGUUUGCUCCACAUAAGCGUGCCCUCCUGCGUCAGUACUUCCGCACUUCACAGAGUCCGAACGGAUAUCACAAUUCAGUCGUUGGCGGCGACCGGUCCUGGGACCAGCGUGGUGGGCGUGGUGGAGUGUGGACAUCCAAGCAAAUUUGGCUGCCAUGGGGUGAAGUGGACGGCGUAUGCGGUACACUGGCGCAUUUGAAGAAAGUAUUCGACGACGGCAAGGGUGUGUGGAUGCAUGAGCUGGAGCACGACAACGAGGGGCAGAGAAUUAAAGCCGAGGAGGCCUACAAAAAGACUUUGGAAGAGAAGAAGCAGAAGGAGCUGGAGAAGGAGAAAGCCCGAGUACAGCUCGCGGCAGAGGUUGCAAAGCAAGAGCGCGAACGGGAGGAGCGGAAAAGGCUCAACAAGGAAAAGGCUGAAGAGAGUGAGCGGCAGAAGAAGGCCCUGGAGGAGAAAGAGAAAGCGGAAGCCGAGAGACUCAAGGCAGUCGAGGAGGCGAACAAACUUGCAGUCGAGGAGGCGAAUAAACUUGCAGUCGAGGAGGCGAACAAACUUGCAGUCGAGGAGGCGAAUAAACUUGCAGCCGAGGCGGAGGCGAGGAAGAAAGAAGUGGAUGGGUCGGGAAAGACAAGCACUGAGGCGCAAAGUACCUCGACGAGGCGAGGGAAAAGAUUUUUCGCAUGA